AUGCCAGCGCUACCCGCGCUGCUCCACGCGGCCAAGCGAGCGAUACGAAGCACCGCGCGAAAGUAUGAUGACAUCGAUGACUACGACUACCCUCCCAUGAAGGGAAAGGGAAAGGGUAAGGGCAAAGGAAAGGGAAAAGGAAAGGCCAAAGGCAAAGCGGCGAUGGACGAUUACGAUGAGCCGCCGAAGGGAAAAGGAAAGAAGGGAAAGGGCAAGGGAAAGAAGGGCGAAGGAAAGGGCAAAGGCAAGAAGGGGAAGGCCGAGCCCGAGGAGCCCUCGAAAGGAAAGGCCAAAGGAAAAGGAAAGGCCAAGGGAAAGGGAAAAGGCAAAGGAAAGGGAAAGCGCUGA